GUGUCUGUUAUGCAUUUCUUAUUUAAUUCUUUUAAUUUUUGAGAAAUGGUGUAAAAACUCUAUUUAAAAAAGUUACAGGAUCCUGCCAUUCCUCAAACAGUUAAAACCUUGGAUAAAACGGCCGCAGUACAGAAAGAUACAUGUAAAAAAGUGCCUACGAUUACUUCAUCCAAUUAACUCAACAAUUUGGAAUCGGAGAACGAAGGUCCAAAAUGCAAAAGAAUCGCGACUAUGAAGGUGUUCCGCAAGAUGCACCACCGAUUGUGCGGCAGCCACGGGCCACAAUAGGACCGCAAGAGACUUGGAUGAGCAUUCCUAUCGGCAUACCUAACUGUCCAACAGGUUUAGAGUACUUAACGGCUGUCGACCAGCUGCUUGUAAAGCAACAAGUGGAUUUGGUGGAAGUAUUUUUUGGCUGUGAAAUGAAAAACAAAUCAAAAAUAAAAAACUCUUCUGGCGAAAAUGUAUAUUUAGCUGUCGAGGACACUCAUUGCUUGACCAGAAAUUUGUGCGGCUCCUGCCGUCCAUUCGAUAUACAAGUGCUUGAUAACUUCCAAAAUGAAGUCCUGCACAUAUACAGACCAUUGCGUUGUGAAUCCUGUUGCUUUCCGUGUUGUUUGCAGACUUUGGAGGUAUCUUCGCCGCCGGGAACGGUAAUUGGUAGCGUAGAACAAGAGUGGUCCCUUCUUCGUCCUUUGUACUUAAUCAAGAAUGCUUAUGGCGAGAAUGUGUUGCGUAUUCGCGGACCACGCUGCACUUUCAAGUGCUGCGCUAACGUAGAGUUUGACAUUUUUGCAAUGAAUGGCGAAAAAAUUGGAAAAAUCGCAAAGCAGUGGAGAGGCAUUAACAAGGAAGUUUUCACGGAUGCUGAUUAUUUUGGCGCCAAGUUUCCCAUGGAUUUGGACGUCCGCAUGAAAGCUGUGGUUUUAGCUGCAACAUUUUUAAUUGACAUGGUGCAUUUUGAAUAUUAAAUCAAUGCUCAAAUAAUUUUUUUCUUAGCCAGUACAACAGGUAUUGCUACGUCCUACGCCUAAAAGGAUUUACAAACUUGUAUACUCAACGCGCACAUUACUGAAUUUUCGCUUAUGCUCUUGUUGAUUUUCAAGCAAACAAAGUACUUAUGAAAUCAACCUUUUCACAACCAAGACACCGAAUACGCCUUUUUAUAACAACUUGACUAAAUAUUUUUCUAGUAAUAUUUACAAUAUGAUAGGACUAAGAUCAUUUUUAUUGCAAGCAUUUUUUAAGUACAUGCAUACAUUUUUUAUAUUGCUACUUAAGAUCUUCAUUUAAUGAACGAUUAAGAAAUUUGCAAUA